CAUCCACUGACCCUUUCAUAGAUUACAGAUGUUUUGUCACCUUAGCUUCUUGUUCAUCCAACUUUCUGUACCAUCCUUCUCUAACUCAGACGUUCUCUCACCUCUUUGAUGCCCUCUUCUGACGACAGCGACGACAAUAUCCGCGACGAUGACAUCCUCGACCAUGACCGCGGAAGGAGACGACCUUACCAACCGCUCCCUCCGGGUGAUCAAGCCUUGCUGGAGCUGUUAGGAGCAUGUGUUGAUUAGAGGUAAUCAGAACGUCCAAAGAAUCAACGACAUUAUUGCUGGGGAAGGGAUGCCCUGGCGCUUUGGGUGAGUUCAGUAACUAAAACUAAAGCCAUAGCCUAGGCAACUGUUGACAUUCCCUGCGACGUUGGUGUGUUUCAUAUGACCUUGGGAGAACAAUGAUCAGUAUGAUCCCCGGCAAGCUCUCAACCAACGAGGAUCUUCGCAAAGCAACCAUUGCGCUGGGGUCUUCCCAUAGCGGCUGUAGGUAUAUAAGAGGUGCAUUGGAAGCCAAACAAGGUUUUAUUGUAGGGCAAAGACGAAUCUGCUCAUCUCUCCAAUCUCUAUAUCCGCACGACGAGCGAAAUAAUUUCGGUAAAAAAAUUAUCUCUCGCUUCCCUAUCAUCAGCAGGGGCUCGAAUGGACAGUGGAGCUGCGAUGGGCACGACAAGCUUUCUGCUUGGGGAUUUCAAUUCUGCGGGAUCCGAGACGUGUGGUCCGGCUAUCUUAUUCUUAUAAGCUGUUACCCAAUAAUCGAAUGGGAACGAAUAUCCAGUGGGUAUUAAUCGAUGCUAUCCAACAGCAUGGAGGUUUUCCUCUACAGAUAACAAUUUAUUCGGGGUCUGAGACUGACUGGAUGUCCGCGACCCAGUCGCUGCUUCGGUCAAAUGAAGUGCAUAUGCGCAUCUUUUGGUUCCUUUUCGUCCCCCUUGCCAAAGCAACUUUAGCCGACUGGGGAUCCAUCUGCACAACAUGAUCCCUGUACGUUACCUGCCGGAGAGACCUAAUCCCGCAGGCACGGCCCUAAUCGCAUCGUUUUUUUCGCCCACAAGAUUUUGGGGGUAUACAAUGUUUAUUGCCCUUGGAGCCCGACAUAUCCCAGUAUCUCUCUGUUAUGAAAGAUGAAGCACGGGAUUCAGGCCAUAUGAACUGAUUAAUGCUAGAAGAAGUUCAGAUCAUGCAAAGGGGCAUGAUAGGACGGGUGAUCCAAGGGAAAUAUGGAAUUUCGGCAACAGGAAGAAGGGCUCUACGCAACAUCCUUUCUCUGGCCUGCAAAAGGGGGGCAAGUGCGGGGAGAAAAGCGGUAAUGGCAGUAAGGGACCCAUUAAGGUCGUCUUUUACUGGAGGAUCCGUGAUGAGCGAGCUUUUCAAUCACUUAACCCAUCACUAACUUAUCUUCCGUUCUCUUUUACCUUUGGACGGGAGAAAGUGAAGAAGGGGUGGGAAAACCUCUGUGCCCCAUAAGAAGAUUUCUUCGGUGAACCCAAUUCCAGGGAUGGAUUUCGAGCUUGUCGAGCCAACGGAACGUGUCGACUUUGCCUUUAGCGAUCUGUUUGACCGUUUCAAAGACAACCGUUGGGGCAUCCCAAUGAACCACAAGCCCUUCUGCAUCGACUGUUUGAUGAUGUGAAAACGAAACCAUUCAAUUGGAGAGUCAAGAAGGGAAGAAAUGGGUACAUACCCCACUUUCUAAAAUUUCCCACCACACCAAAAUGUUGGAUGAGGGAGAAGAUGGGGGCCUGGGAUACGAAUUCCGAGAAACAUCGUUUGUGGCGUGGGAGUUGCGCGGUAGAUUUUCUUUUAGAUUCUAUAAUAAUUUCUUUCUUUCUUUAUGCAUUA